GGGUCAUAACUUUACUUAGUUUGUCGGUCGGCAUAAUGAGUAAUUUAUUUAUAUUUGUCGUGUUCCUGGUAAAUUGUGGUUACUUGUCUACUGGGCAGGACUAUUCAGACUAUUGCUCGUGGUCACUGUGUUCGGGACUUCCCCAUGUCGGUUGUGGCAAUGGCGGACAAUUCGGACCCCAAUGUCCGGCCGGAGUUAGGGAGUUCGACUUGGCUCCUUAUCAAAAUGAAAUAUUGCACCGCUACAAUUACUACAGGAACGCAGUUGCAGGGGGCUAUGUUCCAGGGUACAGCCGAGCAGUUCGCAUGGCCACUAUGGUGUGGGACGACGAAUUAGAGUACUUGGCCUACUUGAAUGCCAUCCGAUGUGACUUCAACCACGACGACUGUCGCAACACUAACCGCUUUAGAAACUCAGGACAAAAUAUUGCUUGGCGCUGGGAUCCUGCGAAUGAAGCUCCAUCUGCCGGAGAUGCAGUUCUCUGGGCUAUUGACUACUGGUUCAGCGAAUACACUUUAGCUGAUAUGAGUGUGAUAAAUUCGUUUUACUGGGGAACUGGAAGUGAACAUUUCACGGUUAUGGUUGCUGAAAGAAACGUGGCGACAGGAUGUGCUGUGCUUCAAUAUAGAGAUGGAGGCGGGAUGACCACCUAUGUGGUGUGCAACUAUGCCACGACUAAUAUCAUAGAUCGUCCGAUUUAUAGAAGUGGCCGGACAACUUCACAAUGCCGAGAGGGAGGAAAUCCUCAAUAUCCAAAUCUAUGUGAAGUUACUGAACAAUACAGCGUUAAUUCGAAUCGAUGGUGAGGAGCAUUGGGAUUUGGAAUAAAAUUGAUUUUUAAAGUU